CAGUGUUGAAAUUUCUGUAAAAAAAUGUAGACAGAUUUUACAAGAAACACUCCAAACCGGCCCUUUAAUUUUCUAUAAUGCAACUACUGCACCAGCACUCUCCAAACGUUUUUCUGCGUGAUCUCAAUAUGAACAGCGUUGACAUUCGAAGCGCUUGCUCCCACAUCGAGGUGAAAGAGAAAAAAUCGUCCAACGCAUCUCUUCUACUGAUGAAUCCCGUUGCUAGCGGAGACAACAUGGCCGUAGACCUUGUACAGAAGAAGGAAGAAUUACCACCUAUCGUUCCUUGCUGUGAGGGGAGAGAACUACAAAUAAACGAAGAAAUAGUCCGAAGUGGCCUAUCAGCGAUUUCAGUGAAACAUGACAGCGUCAUCCAUUGUAUGUCCAUGUCUUGCGCAUGUGAACGAAUGCAAUCACCACCAGGACUCGUUAAGCACCGAAAUUCGUUCAGAUGUCUCCAUCGGCCUGACCUCAAGCGAGUCCCAUAUCUUCGACGCUUGGCCCCCGACGAUCUAGAAACACUGUUUCGUGGUUAUGCCGAAUUUCAUCUCAGAGCUACUCCUAAAAGCAACCGUAAAGACCGUGACAGCGUAAGGAGUUUAGCGCCGGCAGCAAAUGUAUUCAAAGAUAUGAGAGAUAAGGACGAUGGUACCGCCCUACGUCCAAUACCGGAGACAAGGUCAGGUGCUGAAGACGUACCAGCCGGUAUGAGACUGCAUGGGGCCAGAGCUCGACUGUAUACCUCUGUACUUGCGGGAGGCACGGCUGGGGACCAGGCAGAAGCUGCAUGUACCAGUGAAUACUACGACACCACAGUUGCCGAAGACACUCUCCCAGAAGAUGAGAUUCAAUUGAACGAAGAACUCCAGAUCAUCUUGCCUCCAAGAUGUGAUGACAUCACAGCAGAAUCUAGCAUUACAACCUCUGAACGUUAACUUAAGCUUACAUGAGCUUAAAGUCACGUUUCAAAUUUGACAAAUUCAUUCGAAAGUCACGAAAAACCUUAGCCAAAUUAUUUAUGUACCUGGAUUGGAUGAUUUCUGACCCUUUUUUGAAGGAAUAAAAGAUGAUUUGAGUGUAAGUUUAUAUUUGAAUAACUUUUCUACAAUAUUUAUACAGUAGUGUAACUCAAUUACAACCGUUACAUCGUUGAAGUGAAAAACAUAAUUUUACAUGACGUGCUAGACUUUAAAUUACACUUUUGAAUUGUCUAGAAUCAAACUAAAUUUACUAUCAUCGCAAGCUCAUAAAAACGUAAGCGAAAGAUCAUUAAAGUACAUUUUCAAACCUCUAAUUUUAGACAGAUUUUUAUUUUCAGGAACAGUUAAUUGUACGUUUUCAUGAACUUAAUAUUUACAGAAAAAUGAAACAUGGUUAAGCGUUUCGCGAUAUAUACUCAAAAAUAUACCGCGAAAUCACGCUAUUCGAUGUUCCUACAUACUUAAUUUAAAGGGUUAUAAAAUUGUAACAAAAAAUUAUUAAAAAAAUAGAAAUCCUUAAAAAUAAAUGUAACAAAUAAUGGCUGUAAAGAAUUUGUAACAAAUUUGCGAAUUUAAAAAUGAGUAGUGUAAAAAGUAAGCCAUUUUCACAAUACCUUGUAGAAAACUCAUAUUUAAAUUCGCGGAAUACUCUGGUCCCAUACUCUAAACACACGAAGCGUUAAAAUAAGAAUCUACAUGAGAAAUGUCAUGGUUAAGUCAAUAUCCAUUCAUAUCUCGACUAACGGACUUGUGACCAAGAUGGCGGCGUUCGGCUUUAAAGCAGUGCUAUGACGUAGUAGGGACGAAAUUACUUAACUCUUAAAAAUAUAACGCUACUUUAAAACCUGAGGCCGUUGUUGUCAAUAAAUAUCAAUUUACAUAUUAACACAUUAUUUUUAUUGAUGCUAAUGUACUAGCGUAAUAAAGUAUUAACUUCUUUAA